CGACAACUCGACAACCCCCAACCACCCUCUUGCAACCUCUUGCUCGCGUUCCAUCAACCAUUCAUAAACAUCAACCUCGCUGCAUCCACGAGCAUAUCAAAGCCAUGGAACUUCUCAUCAAGUUCCACUCAUAAAAAUCGCCAACUCUUUAUUGCAUUCGCGCCGUUAUCAUUCGCCGCGUCACCGCGCCACCUCUGUCACCCGAACAACAAGACACAAACAAAUCUUCAACCCUUUCCGAGCAAAGUUACGUGGCCAACUCGGCGCGCCCUUUAGCAAACCUCGCCAUCCCACCCGUGCACAUCAUUAUCAACCCUCUCAGCUCGCCCUAGUUGCUAGGCAGGUCACAAUGGUAUACGACCCCGUGCGCGACUGCGACAUUCCGUCGCCCGCCGUGUCUUCGCGACCGCCCAUUUGGGGUUCAGAUCCUCCCAACGCACCUCCUCCUCCCGCUUUCCAUGACAGGACAUCCAUCUCUUCGACCCCAUCAAAUCGUCCCAUUAGCCGUGGGGGACCUGGGUCCCUCCGUGGACUGUUGAAUGACGAUGCGCCGAGUCCCACGAGUCGACGGGGUAGCGAGGUAACUGUAUCGUCUAUCCAGGACGACGAUCGCGACUACCACUCUGGCCCCAGUUCUUCGCAUUCGCGGCCACAUCUCGCAAAACUCCUCAACGAGCCUGCUCCCCCGCUGGUGCGCAGCCCGUCGAGCGGAUCAGUGCCCUCUGUCCACUAUGAUGGAAGCUCUCCGCGCAUGUCGGCGGCAAGCACGUCGUUGCAUCCUUCUGCGCUCUCGGCGGCACGGACAAGUGUGAGCGCCAGUCGCUCUCCUUUAAUGAGCACAACCGGCCUCAGCAGUCCAGCAUCAUCAUCGUCUGCUCUCGCUACAGACUCUUACCAUGCCCACCCCUUGGCAGAGUCCUUGUCACGUCGCGCGAGCUCUAGCUACGACACGCGUCCAAUGCCUCCGCCCGCCGAGCCGCCUAUCCGCUCGUACGACCAAUACAACACACCAGUCCAACACCCCUCUAAUCUCUCCUCUCCUGGUGUAUCAGUUUCUCCUCGCAGCCAGAGCGUGGCUCUGCCAGCUGCACCUGCUUACUCGUCGUCGCGACCAAGCUCAGCACGCAGCAACUCGAACCCGUGGCAGCCACCUGCAAACACGCACUCGUCGCCCGAGUCCACGACACGACGACUCUCGGAUGACCCCCCUGCGCCACGGGUACCGCCAUCGAAUGGCCGCCGCGCUGUCCCCCCACCACCUCCCAGCAAACCGUACCGUCCUUUGAACCCAACACGGUCGAGAACCAUCCUUCAGCCAAUUACAGACGAAGAAAUCCAGCAUCUUCGCGAGAUUGCCCAACGCCACAAUAUCCUUCGCUCUCGAGGACCGUGGGCGGCUCCGUCGUGGUCAGCACCGUCUCCUCGAGACACUGUGGGCGACAGCUUUGCAUCUGGUGGCCGGUCGGGAGGACCAUCUCGUCGCGGCUCGGAAGCCAGUGCUCCAGAAAACCGCCCCGACAACCGUCUACGAGAACAGCACGAGUCUUACGGCCGACCACAGGGAACCAAGCGGUCAUCGGAAGGUGAUGACGACCUGCGGGCCGCUUCUCGCCCGCGAACGGAUACCUACCAGGGCAAUGCUGCCGCCGUCUCGAGUUACUACAACUCUCGUCAAGAGGUUGGUGUCAACCAGCGCGAGUUCUCGCCCAUCAUUGGUCUGAAAAAGUUCAACAACUGGGUCAAGUCUGUCCUCAUCGGCAAGUUUGUUGGCGGAGAAGGACGUAGACCUGGUGCCAAGGUUCUCGACAUUGGAUGCGGCAAGGGCGGCGACCUGAACAAGUGGAAGGUGGCCCGAAUAUCUCUCUAUGUUGGCAUGGACAUUGCCGAUGUCUCUGUUGACCAGGCCCGUGAACGAUACAACUCUUUGCGGGGCAACCGGUUCGAGGGCUACUUCAAAGCGCACGACUGCUACGCACGGCCCAUCUCGGAGGCGCUGCCGGAGCGAUACAAGCAGCGCAACCUCUACGACAACGUGACCAUGCAGUUCUGCAUGCACUACGCGUUCGAGACGGCGUCCAAAGCCCGGAUGAUGAUCGAGAAUGUGUCGAGAUACCUACGCAAGGGCGGUAUCUUUAUCGGAACGAUUCCAAACACCGACCUUCUACUGGAGAGGCUGGAGCAGAUUCCUGAAGGCGAACCCCUGGAGUUUGGCAACUCGUGUUACUCGAUUACAUUCGAGGAACGGCACCACAAGGGGAUUUACGGCCACGCGUAUCACUUCUACCUCGAAGACGCGGUUGAGGGUGUCCCCGAGUACACUGUUGACUGGGACAACUUUGUGUCCCUUGCCCGCGAGUAUGGUCUCGAGCUCACCUACAAGAAGACGUUCAACGACAUUCUGCAGGAAGAGCAGAGCACAAGAGACUUUGGCCCUCUGCUUGGCAAGAUGGGUGUUGUCAAUGAGCACGGAGAGAGUGCAAUGGACAGUGACCAGUGGGAGGCUGCGAAUUUGUAUAUGGGAUUCGCGUUCACCAAGGUGUAAGAUUAGUAUCUGUAGGACUAUGUGAGCCCGUGG